AUGCAUUUAAAAGAAUAUUCACUUGCUGAAACAAAACGUCAUAAACCAUGUUUAAUAUAUCAUGGUCAUCGUUACGUACAAGACAAAAUACAAAAUCGUACUAUUUAUUGGCGAUGUGAAGAUCGUUCCCAUUGUAAUGGGCGUGCACAUCAAUUAAUUGGCAAUGGGUCAUUACCCACUCUUACUAUAAAACAUAAUCAUCCACCUAUUAUUCAGGAUUUAUCAAGACAUGACAUUGUAUCAGUUGAUAGUCAUCGUCGUCGAAAACGACAAAAUCGAAAAAUAUCCCCUCAUCAACCACAAAAAAGAGAUGCUCUUCUAUUCUCACCGACUUCAUCAACAAUGACAUCACCAAUUAAACUUGAAAAUCAUCAAAAUAAACAACAACGUAUUGAACAGCAACAUGCAGCUAUUGUUAAAAAUCUUCAUCUAUCGGAAGUAAUUACAACAGCUGUACCUCCAAAUAUCUCUCAUUAUAAUGGUGUCACUCCAUAUCGUCAUACAAUGGCUGAUCCAAAUGAAAUGACAAAGUUACUUAAUAAUAUAACAACAACAACAACAACAACAACAGUAUCAACAAAUUCUUCACUAAAAACAACUUCGAUAUCACCAACAAUCGAUUAUCCAAGUCGUUUAAAUCAUUUUACAUGGGAAGAAAUUGAAGGACGUUACUUACCAGUUAUAUACAGACAUGAAAAUGGUAUAAGUCAACGUUAUAUAUCUAAAAUGUAUGUUGAACAUACUUUAUUUGAAAGUGAAUCAUGGCAACGAUAUACACUAUUAGCUCGUUCACUUCCACCAUUAGUAUCUUAUUCAUAUACAGAAUAUGAACUUAAAUUAUUUCGUUUAAUUAUUGAAUGGCAUUUAGCAAGUUUUCAUUUUAAAACACUUCCAUCAUCAGAUUGUCUCAUUUGUUUUGAAGAUCUGUUGGAUUUUUAUAAUAAUUUACGUAAAUUACGAGAUACUUUAUCAACAACAACAUUUAAUCGACCAAUAGCACCAUUACCACGACUAACUCCCGUUCCACUUAAACCAAAUAUACAAUCUCAAUCAUUUGAAUUACCUACACAAAUAUUAUCAUCUAUAAAACAACAAUCAAAAAUUCAUUUAUUACCGCAAAAUCCCGAUAUUCCAUCACAAAUAAAUCAUCGACAACAAGAACAAUUAUUAUCAUCUCAAAAGAGUUCUAAAGAAUCUGGUUGGGUACAAAUAAAUAAUGUUUUUGUUCCUUAUAUUGUUAAAAUAAAACUACGUGAAAAUGAAUUAAAUAAAUGUCAUACACGUCAACCAGCACCACAAUUACAACGUGAAUUUUAUGUUCCAUAUGAAAUUCUUAUUAAAUGUAAUAUUUUUUCUGAUAAUGAAUUUACAUUAAAAAAACUUCUUAUCAAAGCUACACAACAAGAUUUUGAUAUUUUAAAUAAUCUUAUCACAAAUAUAAAUAUAUUUGAUGAAAAAGUACCUGAAAAAACUUUAUUAGUUAAUUUAUAUCAUGUUAUGAUAGGUCUUAAUCGUAUUUUUUAUAUUAAAUUUUUACCAACUAAAAAUCCACGAUCACAAGUUAAUAAAUAUCAUGGUGAUAUAUUAACACAUAAAGGUGGUACAUUGAUUACAAAUGGAAAUCGAUUGAUACCAUAUAUUGUACAAAAUAGUCGUUUUUAUGUACCACUUUUAUAUACAUUUCAUUCAGUACCAAAUAUACUUAUACAAGCUAAACGUGGUGCACGCGCACCAAGACAAUAUGAAAUUGAUUAUUUAAAUUUAUUAUUUAUUUAUUUUUCAAUUGAUACACAACCAUUAACAUCGGAUACUUUACUUGUUGAUAUAUUUAAUAUAAGAUGUGCAAAUUUACAAUCACCUAUUCAUUUUCGUACAUUACAUGAACAUCAACAAUACGAACAAAAUAAAUUAUUAAAUUCAGUUAUGCGUAAUCAAGUACCACCAAAACCUACAACUGGAACAUCAACAACAACACACAAACUAAAUAAAUAUCCAUUAACAAACGUUGUUGUUAAUCCAAUGAUUCAUCAUCCAUCUUUUUAUGGUUUAACAACUCCUAAACCAGCCUUAUCAAUACAAAAAUCUGUACAACAACCUGAUAUAAAAACGAUUAUAUAUGAUAAUCAUGUAUUAAAUGCAAUUGUUAAAUCAUCUGAUAUAUCAAUUAAUGAUUGGAAAAUAUCUGUGCAAGAAAUUUUUCAAAAAUUUUCUUUUAAUAUUGAUUAUCAAAAAUUUAUUCAAUGGUGUCAAACAAAUUUACUUUUACCAUUAAUUAAAUUAGAUGAAGAUGAAAAUCAAAUUAUUAAAAAUAAUCAAGAUGAUGAUAAUGAUUAUUAUGUUUAUAAACGUAAUCUUGAUAGAUGUAUUGAGCUUUUAAAUGAUAUUAAACGUGGUUCAAUUAGUAUGACUUUAUUACCAUCAUCAUCAAACAAUGAAAUACAACAACAAUCAAUGGUUAAAUCACCAUUAGCAGGUGCUAAAAAACGUAAAACUACAAUGC